AUGGCUCCAAAAGCCGACAAGGGGAAGGGCGUGAAGUCGGGCGAGGCGCAUCGGCUCGUGGCGCUGCGGAAGGAGCGGGCCCUCUUCUCCCCUCAGCUCGGUGCGAAGGAGCUGAGGGAGUACUACUACCUCUUCUGGUCGACGGAGACGCGAGCGCAUCCGCGCACGAGGGUACUCCCGGCCACCGCUUCGAGACUGGCUCCGAACGGGUAUCCCUUUUUCGCGCUGUUCUUCUACCGCGGGCUCUGCCCGCCUUUCUCUGAAUUCUUUUGCGACAUUAUGAACACCUACGGGUUCCGCCUCCUUGACUUCACCCCCAACGCCGUUCUGACCAUGGCAGUUUUCGCACAUCUGUGCGAAAACUUUGUCGGAGUCCACCCAAACGUAGCCCUUUUCCGCCACUUCUUCAUGCCUCGGGUUGAGAGAGGAGAGCCUCUUGCCGGCGGGAUCGCUUGGAUAUCGAGAGUCGACAAGAAGGAAGCAUAUCUGGAGGGUGAGCUCCGCAGCAAGUGGGAGGAGUGGAGAGCAGAGUGGUGCUGGAUCAUCGAGGAGAACCCGCAGCCAUUCACUACCCUGCGACAAGCCCCAAUAGCGCGCGGCAACGAUUGGAGCAACGUGGCCCCGGAAGACGGCAGGCUGAAAAUUGCCAUCACCCGGAUCCUUCGCCUCAGGCUUGCCGGGCUCACCGUAGGCGCUGUCGGCGCAGAUUUUCUUCGCUGCCGCAUCGCCCCCUGCAGGAGAGGGGGAGACCCGCCUGGGAGUUUAAGAACUCGGUGGAUAUCAUGA